AUGGCAAUUCCAUCCUCAAAUAAUAAGACGGUCCUUGUAACCGGCAUCAAUGGCUACAUAGCCAGUGUUCUAGGUUUUCAACUUCUACAAGCCGGUUAUUCUAUUCGCGGUACCACUCGUCGUAUCUCUAGCGCCGAGCCAUUGCUCAAAGGUCCCUAUGCACCUUAUAUCGACCGAGUGAAGAUAUACGAGGUACCCGAUAUGACAAUUUCUGGUGCUUUCGACGAAGCUGUUAAAGGCGUCAAUGGAAUCUUCCACACCGCAUCUCCCAUUAACUUCAGCCUUAACACCUACGCCCAAAUGGUCACACCAGCCAUAGAUGGCACCAACACCCUGCUUUACUCCUCCCUAAAAGCCGGACCUCAACUCAAAGCCGUAGUGGUAACCUCCUCCGUGAUCGCCGUCAUAGAUCCCCGCACCGAUCCCUACACCUUCACCGAGAGCGACUUCGCAUCUUCCCACCUCGCCCAAGCCCAAAAAGACCUCCAAGAAAACCAACCCACCUCCGCCGGAAUCCUCUACGGUGCCUCCAAAAGCGCCGCCGAAGCCGCCGUCUGGAAAUUCCGCACUGAGCAAUCCCCCUCCUUCGCACUUUCAACCAUCAACCCCGCCUUCGUCACCGGACCCCCAGUAUACCUCCCCGAAACAGGCGACAAACUAAACGAAACCCUCAAACCCAUCUAUAACAUGCUCUCCGGCGCCACUAAAACCAUUUCACCUGCCAGCGGCACCAGCAGUUCCGUAGACGUGCGCGACGUAGCGUACAUGCAUAUCUGGGCGUACGAACAUCCUGAAAAAUCAGACGGAGAGCGUUACAUAGCGUGUUUGGGAACUGGGCCCCCACAGUCGCAGGCUGAUAUUUUACGGGAGUAUUUCAAGGAGAAGGGAGAUGAGAAAGCUCUUGAGAAGAUCGUGGUUGGAAAUCCCGGAGAGGGUUAUAUAGGAUAUAAUAAGGAAACGGGGAAAGUAGAAAAGGUAGAACCGACCCCGGAGAAACCGCGUGUCAGUGGAGAGAAGGCACAGAGGGAAAUGGGGUUUAAAUUCAGGGGUUUCAAGGAAAGUGUGAUUGAUACAGCAGAGGCGUUGAGACCUUUGCUCUGA